AUGGCGCCAUGGGACCUAUUCGGAGUAAAGAGUGCUUCUCGCAGGCGCACUGGCGCUCAUCACCCCCAAGACAACAGCUCUGAUAUCUCGCUUGCCCAGUUCUUGGUUGGCUACCGCUAUAGCAAGACUAGUGCCGUCACGGCGCGUCGUCUGAAGGACGCCCUACACACUCUCAAGUGGUGGGACCGAGUCGGGUGCGUACUCUGCUUCGCGACAACAGGUACUCCGCAGCUAGACCACGACCUCACCGAGUGCCGCAGGCGUGCAGAGCGCACCAAGAUCCUCAAGACGAGGAAGUGGCUCGCGCAGUUGGACAUCCCCAGGCAGGGGGUCUCACCCCAAAAGCCUGCAGGUUUUUGCAGCUUCUGCUGGCUGUUUGACGAGGAGUCCUGUGCGUCCGGAUUCAGUGCCAACCAAGAAUGCGACAAGCGACACCUCAUGGAGCUGAUGGUGGCGGUCCUGGGAUGCCGCAAGAAGUACGUGCUGGGAGGUGUAGUUGCCGAAUUGGCGCUGCAGUCUGGCGCAAACCUGCAGGGGGAGGAGGGCACCAGUGCCUGGUUGGAGCAAAAGGUACCCCUUAAGCAUCCAUGCCACCCCAGCCCGGUCUGGGUGCCGAACCUGCUUUUCGUGUAUGAGGCGCUGGUUGUGUCAAUGUAUUAUGCGUUGAAUACCAAACUCAACGCUACUCCGUUACUAGGAUUUCCUUUCCGGGCUCCUUUGUUUGGUGUCAGGUCACCACACUUCCUGUCCAAGUCAGCGCCCCUCGAGUUGCUAGUGGAAAUCCUCGAGCACUGCCAUACAAUGAAGGAUGUCAUCUCCUUCGCCCUCACGUGUCGGCGGAUGGAAGAGGCUUGGAGAGCAGGGCGGAAAGGACUCAGAGUAGCUUGGGGCCUCCUCACGACGCAGAUUCCUUUUGCCGAGCUUGCCCUCACAACGGUGAGGGCAAGUCGACUUGCAUUGGAUGCGCAUACUAGCUGGAGCUACAGGACAGCUUGCUCUCCAGCUAUUGUCUUCGUCGACUUACACAGCAGGUGCCAACUGCCUAGUUUUGAGGAGAUGAAGUCUGUUCAGGACCUCCACAUGCUCACUAAGGAAUUUGGUGAGAAUUUCCACGAGCAGAGCAAGGAUCGCAUGCCCUAUGGAUAUACGAUGCCAGCUACAGAGCCGCAAGCGAUCGAGAGAGCCUUGUACCGCGCGUUUAUCGCUGGUGCGAUCCUUGCGCCUCUUUAUGCACAACCACUGAGUCAGGCACAGGCACACCAAGAUGACAAAAUAUCGCAGCCGCUUGUCUCCUCCGGGGCUGACAGACCUAAGCUAGCAGAAUUUCUACGCCAGUUUCCGGGUUAUCAAGCACGGUUAAAGCCACAACUUGACCAUCAAAUAUUCGGCGAGUUUGGCGAUUGGCUACUUGACGAUAUUUUGUCUGACACUAUUUCGCGAGCUGCCAUGAACGAGAGGUUUACACUGGGAUACGGUCGAGCGCUGGGAUAUCGCCGCUGUCCCGUGCGCCUCUCUGACGACUGCGGCUACACCCAUGCGGACGCGCACCUGGUGGCAUUGGAGCUCGUUCGGGUUUAUUGGAUAUGCGAACAGCUGCAGGAGUUCGGACUCCUGUCCCACAGCAACGAGCCCUGGGUUGGUAUGCACAGUAGUUACAGUCCCCUCCUACUGUGGCACCGCUUUGUCCCCCAAACCAUCUAUCUCCAUCCGGCCGAGCCUGACACCGAUUUCAAAACCCUUGAGCUCGUCCUCGACCUGGCGACCGUGAAUCCCGGCGACAACGUCGAUGCGGCCAUGUACGAGGUCGCCCUCUUGGAUUCCGAACAGUGGCAGGCACGCGCGGCUCAGGGCAUCUACCUGCCACCCCUUGUUUACAAAUUCUUUGUCUACUUCUUGCGGAGGCAUCUCGACGCGGCGUUUGAGCCUCGGUUUUUUGAGGAGGCUAGCAUAAUGGGCUUGCGAACGUCCCACUGGCAGCAGUUUGCGAAUAUGAUGCAAAUCUUUGCGAAGGACAAUGGGAAGGAUGUCCGCACAUAUUAUCCUCGAGGCACGGAUAUGGAGUUGUCGAAUACUCAUUUCUUGGAUGGGACGGAUCUUUUGGUGCCGUGGAGUCUGCAGGUGGCGCGGGCAUACGGCGUGGAAGAUGAACCGGAUAGCCAAUUGAGCGCAAGUGCAGGCCCUUCCAGAUAA